CUGCAAUGUUUUUUAGAUGUUGUCAUACCGGUCGAAUCAGCUAAUUGUCUUCAUACGCCUGGGUAUGCAGACGACGUUCACAUCACACCCGGUCGUGCGCCAACUUUUGAGGGACGACGUUUUCCUCCACUACGAAUUCUACCACGACAUACAAAGGAUGACAAUGGUCGGCGAUUCAGAGCACCAUCUUUAUCAAUUGUUAUGCCAGAUCAAGGUGUGAACAAUCAUAGUCAAGAAGCAGUCGCUCAGCAGAACAUUCCGAUGCCAAAAAGCGCUAAAGUAAAGGACAAAUUGUAUUUGCUAGAAGAAGCCAUCGAAAAGCCGAAUGAAAUACACGACGACCGUGAUGUUGCUGGACCGUCGACGAAAAAUUUUGAGCCGAUCUCACGCUCAAAUGAUUCGAUUUUAUACAAAUGGAAGGUGAAACGACGAUGUGACGGUUCACGAUACAUUGUGAAGCGACCGGCACGAAACCAAAUUCUGAAGAAAAGAGCGGCACAACUUGUUCGAGAACGUACCGGUGUCAGUACAGACGACGACGCUAUGAGCGAGCUAAAGCUUGGACAUUUCCAUUCACGUGAAGAGCGUAAGAAACAUUUAGAAGAAGAACGAAGACGAAAGAUUAAAAACCAGCAAAAAAUCGUCGAAUUGAAGAUCUCACCAGCUAAUCAGACGAUUGUGCAACUUUCACAACGGAAAAUGCAACGUCAGAAGGAGAAAAUGCUUCUCGAUGGAUUCGUCACCACACAAGAAGUGUUGAGUCAACGAAAUCCCGACACAACUGCCAAACAUGGAAUCCUUUCUGUCACUACCGUAUAA